AUGUUAAGAGAGUCAUUACCUUACGGGAUUGGAAUGCACCACGCCGGGCUGAAUGAAAAAGACAGAGAUUUGGUCGAGGACUUAUUUAAGUCAAACAAAAUACAAAUUUUGAUCACCACCGCGACGUUGGCGUGGGGAGUCAACUUACCGGCUCAUUUGGUCAUCAUUAAAGGCACUGAAUACUUCGACGGGAAAAAGCAUCAGUUUGUCGAUAUGCCAUUGACCGAUAUUUUACAGAUGAUGGGGAGAGCCGGACGACCGCAAUUUGAUAAUGAAGGAGUUGCUGUGAUUCUGACGUACGAGCCGAAGAAGGACUUCUUAAAGAAGUUCUUGUUUGAGCCAUUCCCGUUGGAGAGUUACUUUGAGAACGUCAUAGCAGACCAACUUAAUGCGGAAAUAGCUGUUGGGAAUGUCACUUGUUUAAAGGACGCCGUGAAGUUUUUGACGUACACGUAUUACUUCAGAAGACUGUUGAAAAACCCCAAUUAUUAUGGAUAUGACGGAAAGAUCCAAAUUGGGAAGUUCUUAGUGAGUAAAGUGUUAACUGCCAUUGAACAAUUAGUGAGUGCGAAAUGUAUCACAUACGAAGACGGGGAGUUACAAGCGACUUCUAUUGGGAAGGUAGGAACGAUGUAUUAUAUCUCGUACUUGACUAUCAAGAUGUUUGCUGUGAGAAUGCGGAAGAACUUGAGUCACCAAGAGAUCAUCCAAAUCAUCGCAGACGCUGCGGAGUAUAACAAUCACCCUGUUCGACAUGAAGAUGACAACCACUGUCGAACCUUAUCGAAAAGUGUUAGAUAUGGCAGUGUUAAAGGCUCUUUUGAUGAUCCGCACACAAAGGUUUUCUUAUUGUUAAGCGCGUACUUUGGAGAUAAUACACUUCCAAUAGUCGACUUCGUCUUGGAUACUAAAAGUGUCUUAGAUCAAGCUAUUCGAAUAGUUCAAGCAUUCAUUGACAUAGUAGCGGAGAAGGGGUAUACCGAUGUUGUAGUGAGAGCUAUAGAAGUGUUACAAAUGAUAGGAAGUGGUCGAUGGGUCUUUGAGUCUCCUUUGUUAACCCUUGCGGGUGUUUCGCAGAAGAACGUCGUCAAAUUUGAGAGACAGAAUUUGAGGUACUUGCCCCAAUUCUUCGGAAUGGAACAAAGUGCAUUAACAAAGGCGUGUAAGACGGCAGGACUUAACUCGAAGCAAACAGAUCAAAUUAGAACACAAAUCGCGAAGUUGCCCCGAGUCGAUGUUAAAUUGAUCGUCCCCGAAAAGGUCGAAAUUUGUGAUGAGAUAUUCGACAUUUCUAUCAAUUUAGUCAGACAGAAUCAAGGAUCAAAUUACGCGUUUUUGCCACGCUUCCCCAAGAUGAAACAAGAAGGGUGGUAUGUCAUUGUUUUACGACCAGAUGGGAGUUUGGCAGCAUUGAAAAAGGUUGGGAUCAAGAAGGCCACAAAUGUCACAUUGAUGUGCGUCUGCCCUGUGAUCACAGGGACGUUCAACUUCAAGGUCCUCCUCUUAUCGGAUUGUUACCUUGGUUUGGACCAGCAGUACGAGUUGCCAGUCACAUUCGUGUAA